AUGUCUUGGAGUCGCUACGACCUUGGUCAAGCUAAUAUCUUCUAUGAUGAGACACACCCGCUUCUAACGAGCUUUGUGCCCCCACCGCCUUUGGAAGAGGUCAAAAGAUGUUUGACGGACUUUUCAUGCGUCCUCAAUGGAAGAAAUGAUUCUUUUCAUGAAAUCUCGAAAGAGGUGGAGAAGGACUUGAACCAUGGCUUUAAUCGGGAACCAGUUGGUAAAGCAGCAGAGAAGAUUCAACACGAAGUCCUUAGCAGAGUCGGUGGGGGCUAUGAUGAAAAGGUCUGGCAUGGAAUCUUCGAAAAGUGCUUCUUCGAUCAGCUUACGGACUCUCUGUCUACGUCUAGAGAAGAUUCAAGACAAGUAUCACGAAACAAGUACUACUAUGAUCGGGUUAUACGACUCCCCAAAGUGGUAGAUCCCAAAGCGCGACAAUGGAGCCAGGCUGAGGACUCCCGCGCUAUGGAGCCUUUCACCUGGUCGACACUUCAAGCACUGAACAAAGUUGGCCUUGAGCCGUCUCCUUUUCGUAUCUUUGAUAAGUCUCCAUUGGAGGCUAACCUCCGGUGUUAUCCUUGGCUUAUCAUAGAGCAUAAGAGAGAAAAGGAUCAGAACGAAACCCUGGAACGCGUUGUUAACUGCCAAGCCGCCAACGCCGCAGCUUGUGCGAUCAGCUUGGUCCAGCAAACAGCUCAAUAUGCUUUUAAGCUUCCCAGACACGCGCACAUCCCUCCGAUUCCUACAAUUACCACUGUUGGGUCUUUUGUUACCGCAUGGCUCAUGUAUUUUGCGGAGAACUUUGACGCGCCAUGUAGUCGAAGGGAUACAGACGAGGUGUUAACAAGAAGGCGGAAAGAAGGCUACGUUCGUAUUGCUAUAACUGGCCUAUACACCGUCGAAGCUUACACUGAUAUGAUCAUUGACAAUGCACAUACACGGGCAACCCGAGUCUUCAAGCCUCUAAUUGCCUCGUACAUCGAGCAGUGGAAACAUAUACACAGCGAGCAACAGACGGGAUCGGUUGCAGACCUAUUAGCGACCGCUGAAUCACGAGCACUUCGUGAGAAAGAUAUCGAACAGCGAAGACUCGUCGUGCCUAUAGUUCGCGAUCUGCUAGAUGCUCCUGCUGGAAUGGAAUUGGACGACAUGGCACAUAAAAAGGUCACACCGCUGUUCCUAGGGAUGCUGAUGCAUCAUAUAUGCACCAUGCAGAGAGAAUUAAUUUCCAAACAAGUCGAGAAAGAGAUAACAGAGAGGCUACAUGUCAUUUUGGCGAAUGGCUCCGCGGUUACGACGGAAGUUGAAGCCGUUCACCGAGUUCAGGCAAUAGCACAAUUGCCGGUCCGCGGCCAUCGCGAAGAGACAGCACAAACAGCUAGCUCAACACAAGAUUCCGAGCUUGCAGAGGUGGACAAUGACGACCCAGAUGAUUCUGACUAUAAUCCUACAAACUAUGAGUCAAGAUCAAGAUCACCCGCAGGCACCCACCAAGAUGAUGGCGAUGCUCACUCUGAGGUUGCCGUUUCUGUAGCUUCUACUUCAGCCUUCUCAUUUAGAUCAUUUUCGAACGACACAACGGUCUUAUGGAAAACUCCUGAAACACCGAAGGCUGGAUCAAGUAGCAAGAAAGGAUCUGAAAAGUCCAACAUUCUUGGUCGACAGUCCUCGCAGCUAUCUGAAGGCUCUGACGACGAGACCCCGAAGCCAAGCAAGGCGGGUCAGAAGCUUGAUUUCAAUUUUACAUCCCCAAUUCCAGGUUCGUCCCUUGGGCGGCUAGAAGGAAAUCCACUCGAUGGUCCACCGGUGUUCGCAGGUAGAUCGCCACCCAGUCAACCAAAGUGGCCACCUGGACGAAUGUUUGCCCCUCCAGAAACUCAAAAGUCUCCCAGGUCUCUCAUACAACGGAGUGACACAAGUGCAUUCCCUCCUGCAGAUGCCAAUUCGAAGCAGUGUAUUGAUUUGACGAGCGACAGAGGGUGA